AUGGGGAAGGCGGGGAGGUGGCUCAGGAACUUCUUGGCCGGCGGCAGGAAGGAUGGGAAGAGGGACAGGCCGCACGCCGAGGCCACGCCGGGACCGGGGCCUGCGGCGACGCCCAAGGAAAAGAGGUGGAGCUUCCGGCGGCCGGUGGUGCUGACGCCGGAGCAGACUGGACGCGUCGUGCUGCCGGCUGAGGCCGACAGCUUUGGUGCGUCUCGGUCGUCCGCGACAUCGCAGGUUGGGUACGACGAGAAGAAGCACGCCGUGGCGGUGGCUGUGGCGAGCGCGACCGCCGCAGACGUGGCGGGCGCCGCGGCGCAGGCGGCGGCCACUGUGGCACGUCUGUCUUCCCGCAAGGCGCCGCACCUGACGCCGCCGGCGAGCCUCCUCGCCGAGGCGGCGGCGGCUGUGAGGAUUCAGGCAUCCUUCAGAGGCUAUCUGGCGAGAGCGGCGCUGUGCGCGCUGAGGGGCAUCGUGAAGCUGCAGGCGCUGGUGCGCGGUCAGCUGGUGAGGAAGCAGGCCAAGGCCACGCUCCGGUGCAUGCAGGCCCUGCUCGCGGCGCAGUCCCAGCUGCGCGCGCAGCGCAUGCGCUUCCUUCAAGUCCAAGACCACCACGCCCACCACACAACGCCGCCUAGACCACGACCGUCGUCGCAGCACUCGAGGCACCGCAGAUCGUCCUACGAGAUGGACCGGUCGAGCGAGGAGAAUGUGAAGAUCGUCGAGAUGGACAGCGGCGAGCAGCCAGCGCGGCGCGGCGGGGCGAAGGGCGGCGACAGGCAGUUCUCCUCCGUCGAGUACCACCACGGCGGCAGGUGCUCGCCGGCGCCGUCGGCCAUGACGGAGCUGAGCCCGAGGGCGAGCAGCUGGCACGUGGAGGACCACCUGUCCUUCGGGACGGCGCACAGCAGCCCGCACUCCCACUCCCACAACGCGACGGCGGCCAUGGCGGAGCCAGCGGCGUCGGACUUGCCGUUCCCGAGCUACAUGAGCAACACCGAGUCGUCGAGGGCCAAGGCGCGGUCCCAGAGCGCGCCGAGGCAGCGCGCGGCCGCGGAGGCGCUGGAGCGGCAACCGAGCAGGAGGAAGGGGGCGGAGCACAGGAGCGUGCCGCGGGGCGCCAGGAUGCAGCGGUCGUCGUCGCAGCAGCAGGCCGGGUCGGCGCCGCGCCAGUCGCCCUUCUUCCACCGGCCGUGGUCGUCGUCGACGUCGGUGAGGCUGGACACGUCGACGGCGUCGCUCAAGGACAGCGAGUGCGGGUCCACCACCAGCUCCGUGGUCACCGCGGCCACCACCGUGUCCACCGUCUACAGCCGGACCCGCUCGCUCGUCGGAUUCGAGGUGACAAUUCUACACUCAAGCAUCUUACGGAUCGAUCAACUGCACAUAACCACUGCUGUUAUUUUAUCGUGGCAUGUCUUUUUUUUUUCAGGUGCGCAGGAGCCUGUAUUGAUGAGUUGCAACAUAAGAAGCCACAUCGGGAGCUUCAUGAAAUGCUCAUGA